AUUAAGAUGCGAUCAUCUCCGCUAUUCAUCUCAGCCUCGCGCUUCACCAGCUCAUGAAUAUUAAUGAGAUCCAGAAGGCAUAAGAGCGGCCCCUUGCAGCAACGCGGCAGCAUCCACCGGAGCAACAUCUCACUGCGCUUUCAUCAGACUUUUCUGGAGUCUGUUUCGUUUGGACUGGGCUCUUCCUGAUUAUAAAAAAGAAACAUGGCGUUGAGAGGACCUCUGUUCCGUCUUCUCAGAACUAACCUCAGCCCCACUUGCCAACAAAGCAGGGCUCAGUCUGUGGCUGUGCUUGGCGCUCCGUUUUCAAGAGGACAGAAACGGAGGGGUGUGGAGCAUGGUCCUAAAGUCAUCAGAGAUGCGGGGCUCAUCGAGAGGCUCUCCGGUUUAGAUUACUCUGUCCACGACUUUGGCGACCUCAACUUUCGCCACCUUGAGAAGGACGAACCCUACAUGGACGUGAAGUUUCCUCGCAACGUGGGCGCAGCAAAUAAGAUGCUGUCCGGCGCAGUGAGCAGAGCCAUCGGUGCUGGACACACUCUCGUCAUGCUCGGAGGUGAUCACAGCCUUGCCAUCGGAUCGGUGAGCGGCCAUGCUCAGCAGUGUCCCGACCUGUGUCUCAUCUGGGUCGACGCUCACGCCGACGUGAACACGCCCAUGACCUCGCCAUCGGGAAACCUCCACGGACAGCCUGUGGCGUUCAUGCUCAAAGAGCUGCAGGAUAAGAUGCCAGAUAUCCCAGGGUUCUCCUGGACAAAGCCUUUCCUCACCUCGAGGGACCUGGUGUACAUCGGUCUGCGGGACGUCGACCCCGGAGAGCACCACAUCCUGAAGAACCUGGGUAUCCAGUACUUCACCAUGAGGGAUAUUGACAGACUAGGCAUCCAAAGAGUUAUGGAAGUCACUUUUGACCAUCUGUUGGCAAGAAAACAGCGACCGAUCCACUUGAGCUUUGACAUCGAUGCGUUCGACCCGUCUCUGGCCCCCGCCACAGGAACGCCAGUGAACGGAGGUUUGACCUACAGGGAGGGAAUCUACAUCACAGAGGAAAUCCACAACACAGGCCUGCUGUCAGCCAUGGACCUGGUGGAAGUAAACCCCGUGCUGGGGGCCACCCCUGAAGCCGUGGAGGCCACCGCAUCUUUAGCGGUUGACGUCAUCGCGUCGUCUCUCGGACAGACGAGAGAAGGGGCUCACGCGUCCAUCGACGAGAGCCCGUCUGCGAAGGACGACACAGAGCAGCUCCGCAUCUAAGAGCAUGAAGCAACGCUAUGAACUUUAUCAACGUCAUCCCUGAGCAUUCCGCAAUUUUGAAUACAAGACUGCAAAGACUGAAUCUAAUAGUAGCUCAAGUUUUGAACUUUUUGUUCCCUUCAUUUUGCUGUUUAGUGUAAUGUUUAAACCAUGAAACAUGUCUUGAUUUAUGAAAACCUGUGAGGAGGCUUUACUAUUUUGUGGAGAGAAAAUUCACAUAGAUAAUUGUGAAAAGCCGUGGACAUAGAAACUACUACACAUAGCAAUGGGAUUACCACUCAUUUUAACAGCAACGCUAACUUAUUUUGCUCCUUUAUGUACAAAGUAAUAAAUAAUGAGUGAAGUGUUAGAGGACAGAACCGCCACAUUUUUGUUAUGUGGAUGGUUUCCAAGAGAAUGAACCUGCCUCAGAGGUAUGAUAAACCAAGUCUGACGAGGUGUGAAGUCCACAGUUUAACAUGGACUCUUGUGGCUGUGCCAGAUAUUAAAAACUAGUAAUGAUGUGUUUGCACUUUUGGACCAGGUGUGGUUACUGUAUUUUCUUUAGAGUUUACUUUUGUAUGAACCUACCAGUACAUGUACUAGGAUUACUGCGUGUACAAAUAUUGACUGACUACAUCAGUAUUGAUUGGCUUGAACACUGUAAUAUCCAGGUUUGCUCACAAAUGCUGGGAAAAAAAAAAACCCAAUGAUUUGCUUAAUUAAGCUUGAAUUGAUCGAAUGCCUGGUCGAUAUUUGACUUGAUGUGGCCACUGAAUGACUUGUCCUUGUAACAGAGUUUAUAUUUUGGUCUUCCAUAAAUGUGAUUACAUUUUUUCU